GUCAUCCCAUUCCACUUUGCGGGCGGAACCAACUUCCGUUCUCAAAGCCGAUUGGCUUUCCUCUGGUUUCCAUGACUACCUUCUCAGAAAAAAAAAACGUCACAGUCGUGAGCCGGUCGGGCGGUGUCCUAGGAGACGGGCUGAGUGAAGAGAGAAGGACUUUGAGUCCUCAUGGCGUCCAGCUGUCAGCCAGAGUCUGAUAAUGAUUCUGAUGAGGAAUCGCUGGAAGAUCCGGACAGACAGGCGGAGGAUUAUUUCUGCAGAGUCCUGAGCCGCACGUCUUUACAAGAACGACCCGAGCACGGCCCCCCAGAGGCCCUUCCCUUCGAGGCUCCCAAUGGGCUCCAGAGAGGAGGGCGGGAUCUCAAGAAGUCUCCGGCAGCGAGUGAAAGCGGGGAGAUGUCCCUUCUUCUUCUGCUCCCCCUAGAGCUGAUCCUGCACAUUCUGUCUCAUCUGGACCCCCGCUUCAUUCUAACCGUGCUGCCCCGGGUGUGUCGGACCCUCUGGCUUAUUGUGGCCGAGGAGAUGACGUGGAGGAUCCGCGUCCAGAAAAGGGUCAGGGCCAGAUAUCCAGUGGUGGAACAGGACAAUUUUGAUUGGCCAUGCGCUUGUACGGAACUUGAGGAGCAGCUCUCCCGUUGGGCAGACAGCGGAAAGAAGGCGGAGCGUUUCUCAUUGCCUGAUGGUCACUUUGCCUCUGUAGAUGCCGUGCUGCUGCUACAGGGGGGCUCUUUGUGUGUGUCUGGAUCACGAGACAGGAAUGUCUGCCUCUGGGACUUGAGAGAACUGGGACAGAACCAGGAAAAAGUCAAAGUGAAAGCACUGGGGACACAGAAAACCGGAACACACAAGGGCUGGGCCUGGUCUCUGGCUUCCUGUGGAAAUCUUCUGAGCUCGGGAUCCUGGGACAGCACCAUAAAGAUCUGGGAUAUUGAGGCAGAAGGGCAACAGGUGGGAGAAAUCAGGGGCCGGGCAGCCAUCUUGUCUUUGGCAUUCCAGCCCGAUAUCUUGGUGGCCGGCUCAUAUGACAAGCGAGUCAGCGUCUAUGACCCAAGAGCUUCUAAACCCUUGAUAAAGUCGGGCAAGAUCCACAGCAGCCCCGUGUUAUGCCUCGCUGCUGAUGAGCAUCACAUCAUGUCCGGUGGCGAAGACCGAACGUUGGUGGUGUUUGACCGCAGAGCUAAUGCAGUGUCACAAAGGAUACAGCUGGAGAAUUACCUGUUCUGUAUGUCGUACAAAUCGCCCGAACUGUGGGCAGGGGACAACCAGGGAAUGGUACAUGUGUACAGGAGCCAUGGAGGGACAUUCCAGCGCCUGAAGUGGUUUGAUGUAGGUCAUUCAUCCCAAGUCACCGGUAUCUGGCAUUCGGCGGGGGCCCUUUACACCACGUCCACAGACAAAACCAUGAAGGCCCACGUUCCUACUGAUCCACCUCGAACGCUAUAUACACAACCACACAAUAAUGUGUUCAAUGAUGUAAGCGCCGCCGGACGCACAGUUGCUGCCGCCUGUGGGAGCCAAACGGUGGAAAUCUGGCGAUUUCAAGAAUAAAAAGCCGAAUGCUUCUUACAACGAAUCCUUUUUUAGACCAGGAGAUCCGGCUUUACCACGGGAGGCAAAACUGCUGGGAGCCAAAGUGUCACAUAAUUCUAAAAUAUAAUAUGGCAGCCGGCCAGUUCCCGCACAGAACCUCUUGUAUUGUUACACGUAGUAGAGGAUGGUUAAAGGGGAACUAUUAACCAUAUUUGGGCUUUUCCGGGAGUUUCUUGUUUUUUAUUUGAUUUUUUUAAUAAGAAAAUGAUACAUGAAUUAUAAAUAUAAUAUUUUUGUUCGACUGCUCUUAGAGGGGGAAUCAUUUUACCUCCAGGCAGAUCCACGUUGUUGGUGGACGUGACCAGAGCCAAAUAUUUCUGGGGCUCAUUAUUUAUUUAGAGAAGCGCUUUGUAGCCUUUGUCCUUUCAGCUGUUGUUGCCCUACUACUCCCAGCUUUGACUGAAGGUGCUGGGAGUUGCACUUUAGCAACAACUGAAGGGCCACAGAAACUGAUGUGAAAUCAACAUAGUAGGGAUGCACCGAAUCCGCUAUUUUGGAUUCGGCCGAAUACUUCACGAAAGAUUUGACCGAUUACCGAACCGAAUCCUAAUUUGCACAUGCAAAAAAUAGGUGGGAAAUGGACAAAAAAUGGACUUCCUUGUUUUGUGACAAAAAGUCAUGUGAUUUCCCUCCCCAUCCCUAAUUUGCAUAUGCUAAUUAGGGUUCGGCCAGGCAGAAGGAUUCGGCCGAAUCCUGCUGAAAAAUGCUAAAUCCUGAAUUCGGUGCAUCCCUACAACAUAGUGGUCUAUUGCUUUUGUCUGGUCCCCCUGCUGCCCCUUUGCUUUGGGGCAAUACUGAUCUGAUGUGCCUCCUAUUUCCUUUCCCAGGCACAAGUUAUUUUAUCCUGUCUGUAGCCCUUUAAGACAGUCCCUCUGCUUGUUAUCCUGAUAUUACUGAUGAGAUGAGACUUUGUUGAUUGAAUUUUUCUGUGAAUCACCAAUUCUAAUAAAUGCAUGAGUGUGUGUGAUGUCA